UAAAAAAAUAAAAAAUACACGAUUAAAAGAGGCUGAUGUGGAUUUGUAAUGUCAAAGCAAACAAAAUCCAAACUAAGAAGUAACAAUUAAAACACGCCAUAUUCCCACAAAUUACAAGUAUCUCUCUUCCAACCUACUCAUUUUUGCCUCCCUUUUCUUCUUUAGAGUUUAGCUCUACUCAUUGUUCCCCAAGCACGCCAUAUUCCCAUAAACAAAGGCCUUACCUGAUAUAAAAAACAAAGGAUGGGAAACGCCCUCAGAUUUUUGCACAAGCAUUGCUACCAGCCUACCACCACUGAGUCGCAGUCGCUUGAGCCCCAAAGUGCAUCCACCCAAAAUGUCGGAGUUUCGGCCCUAGCUCAUGAUAUCCUCCAGUUUGAGGUCACAUCCCAGGUACCUGAAGGGCUCACUAAGCAUGUUGUAUCCUCCAAGAAAGCUCAAUCUAACUGGUAUAAGAAGCUUCUACAGGCAUGGAAGGAAGCCAAACCCCCACCAAAAACCCCGGAGGAAACAUCAAGGUUUGUCAUUGCAACGUUGAAACGGCACCAAAAGGCAGAUGUCGAGGGUUUACUUGCCUUCUACGCCCUGCCUCUACCACAUGAGCUCGUCGAACCCUCCAAGUACGAGCUCCACACUUUGCCCGUGGAUGUAAAGGCAGUAGCGGAUGGCGAUACCAUAACCGUGUAUGUAAGUACUACAGAUCCUCGAGAGUCAUGUUCAGUUCCUAAAGAAGUGCACGUUGCAGCAAUUGAAAGGUCAAAAGCACGUGCUGAGAAAAAUUAUCCCAAGGCUGAUGCACUCCAUAAGAAGAUAACUGAUCAAAAUUACAGGGUUCUUAAUAUUGAUAAUGAGGAAAUUCUAGCCAAAAAGUAUCGGAUUCGAUUAAGGGGAAUAGAUGCACCUGAGAGUGCAAUGCCAUACGGGAAGCAGGCGAAAGAGGAGCUAGCUAACCUUGUUGAAGGGAAAAGCCUACGGGUUCUUGUCUAUGAAGAAGACCGCUAUGGUCGUUAUGUAGGGGAUGUGUACUGCAAUGGCAUAUUUGCACAGGUACUUCACACUUCCUCACCAAUAUAUUCCACGGCAAAUCUUAUAACACUUUUCACAGAAAAUUAUAUCCAUGUUCUUCGUUUCUCCCAGCAUGCAUUUCUUGGUUCCCCAUUUAUAGCAAUUCUAUUAAGACUAGUGUAUUACCUUCCCAAGCAUUGUGACUAUUGUUUCAUUUCAAUGGUCAUUGACAUGAAAACUUCUAUACUAAUUUACAGUAUAAAGCAUUACCAUUCCCACCAUUCAUGGCCUCUUACCAAACGGGCUAUUGUAACAGGAAAUGAUGCUGAAGAAAGGAUUUGCAUGGCACUACACAGCCUAUGACCACCGUCCAGAAUUAGCUAAUGUAAGUAAAUCAUCAUAAAGUUAAUUAUUAAGCAAAUAUCGACAAAAUUCAACUACUCAGAACAUUCAUAAUGAAUAAUGAUCAUCAACAACAGUGGGAAAAAGAGGCACGGGCUAAGCGAGUUGGGCUAUGGGCUUCAAAUAAUGCAGAAGAGCCAUGGGAAUGGAGAAAAAACCGACGUGAAGGAAGAUAGAAAACUGCUUGUGCAGAUAAGAACAAAAAUGGAAUUCCUCAACUUUGAAGGAAGCAGCGUAAAUGAAGACAAAAAAAGUAGUCAGAGAAGCCAAAUGUUGUACAACAUGCAACACUCAUUGAAUACUCACCGUUGUUCUAUUUUACUUGUACCAUUAUGACUUUUUACACUUUUCACAUACAUCACUUCAACCCUAUUUUUUUACUAAAAAUGUUGUUGAACUCAUCUAAUAUAUACAUUUAAAAUAUUCUUUAAUUCUAA